AUCUGUGCAAAAAAAGUUAGCAAAAGUAGUAAAACAUGAUAUAAAUGAAAAAAUACACUGACUGAAAUGUAACAAAAGUAUCAUAUUGGAGUUUUAUUGAAUGAAAGUUUCAAAAGUGAAGUGUUUUUACUAAAUAUCGAUAAUAGUUGGAGUAAUAGUCACUAGAAUCGUGAGGAUCGCAAUUUUACACACCCUUGCCGCGCUCUUUAUUAUAUUAUGGGGAAAAAAUCUGCCUAGGUAAAUAUAUAUCUUUUAAAUGUGUGUGCGUUUUCAUAAUGAAUUGUGCAAGGACACGGGUAAUCCAUCUUUAAAUUUAUUUCUAAACUUGGAAACACAAUGGAUUUCAAGAGUGCAUUGUGUUUUAAUUUCAAUUGAUUUCCUUAAGAGAUAAUGUAAUUGAAAUAAAUUACAAGUUAGAAUAUCUCUUGUGUUUGUGAAAAUUGGGUGGGGUAAAGGAGGGAGUUUCGGGCAACUUGGCAAAUCUACAUACAUGCAUAAAGGUUCACGAGAGUUGGCCUUCCCCUAUAGGUUAGUUGGUGUUAGUUUCGAUUUGUCAGCGUGUGUAUAUGUUGAGGAACGCUGUUUGUGAACUUAAAUAUCUAGUGAGGAGUCGUGUUUGUGCUUGUGCGCGCAGUGUAUGCGGUGGAGAUACGUCUUUUCGGGGGCCGCGCGGCUCCUUUACUUUUUACAAUUUUCAUGUCGAAAGUGUCUGUAAGUACGAAGCUACUCCGCGGGAAACACACUCCGACAAUCCAACGAAUUAUGGAGAUAUCGAAGUCCCUGCAGGAGGAGAUUUUGUCAGUGCAAAAUAAGCUGAAAAAUGCUAUACGCGAUCAUCAGAUUUGUGUUGAAAAAUUGAAAGAUGAUCCAGAUAACACAAAUGUCUUGGAUCAAAUUCAGCAGAUUCAAAUCUACAUUGUUUCCCUGGGAAGGCGACAGUUUUCAAUUUUCUGUACGCAGAAGCAAGUGGUCCAACGGCUGCGCACGGAAGUCGAGACUUUAAAGGCGGAGAGCGCAAAUGGGUCGAAAGUUUCUGUGGCAUCGCUUUUGGGAUUGAAUAAUAAUAAUCAUAUCAUCAACAACAAUGCGAGAAAUGGAGAAUCAACUGAUUCGAAGGAUCACAAAAAUAUCAAUAUUUUAGGUGGAAUUAUAAAGAAGGAGGAUUAUGAGGAAGAAAUUAGAAAUGAUGAUUCGUCACCAUCCCAGGAAAAUGAUUGCUCAAACCGCGAACGUUCGAAUUCUGUGGAAUCGAUUUCCUAUGAGGACGAUGUCGUUGAAAUUUCAGCGGAUGAAAAUUCAAACGAGAAACAGGAUAUGGAGGAGGAAUGCGGCAUUGAAUCUUCGAUGCAGGUUUCCUUCCUUGGAACUCUUGGUCUCAUUACCACGACAAUGAGUAUUGAGUUGCAGAGCAGAAAAGCGGAAAGGAAGCGCAGAAGGACUGCGAAUCAUCAAUUUGUGUAUUCCAAUUGGGAACUGUCGACGAAACGAAAGAGGUAUUCGUACUUGCAAUCGGCGGGGAAAGCGCCGCAAACACGACAAAGUGCUGCUAGGUCAAUUGGACCGUCACCAACGCCACAACAGUCGGGAAAAAUAUUAGCCAAUAAAUCAUUACCACCGUCCACGAAAAAUUCUUCAUCAUCAAAGAUAUUGAUCUCAACGCAGAAAGUUAAUGCGAAACCAAAUAUAUUGAGAAAUGGAGUGGAAAAUAAAACUGUGACGAAAAAUGGAAAUGAAAAUAAUGCUCAAUCGCAAAAUAAUAAAACACUUGGCAGUAAAGUCGUUCAUAUUCCGGGAUUACCGUCGAGUUUAACGAUUGAGAGAAUUGAAGCUGAUUCGGCAAUUUGUAUAAGUUGCCGAAAUCCAGGAACUUUGACAAUAUGUCAACAAUGCUCAUCGAAGUAUCACAUUUCAUGUCACACAGUUUCACCACCACCUCCGAAAAUUUGUCCCGCGUGUGCGCUCAAUUUAAAAGACAGUCCGACAUUUACCGGAGUAAUUUGCAAGAAGGAAAAUGAAUUAGCUACAGCGGCGUACACGACAAGAGGUAUUAGGAAAACAGGAGAAGACCCAAAAGUCAAUAAAACGACUCGUGGAUUUCAUAAAAUUGAUGCAACUACAAAAAGAAACGUCGUGCCCACAAAUUUUGGAAUCAACCAGUUGCCAUCGUCCACCUAUCUCAUCCCCAUCUCCACAAGUGCAAUGUCCCUCACCAAUCACCCAACAAUUAAUAAUCCCACACAAAUCAAUCGAACCGACACAUCAGAAAUCCGAUUCAUCGAUCAAUUCACCCACUCGGGAAACAUCACCUUCAUCAAUAACAAAAACAAAUUCGAUUUGCCAAAUUAUUCCACCCAUCAAGAAUCAUCAACAUCAUCCAAUUCCGAUCAACAGCAAUCAUACUACGUCGUUAAAAAAAUCCCCGAACCAACGAAUUACAAUGGAGGAGGAGGAGCCAGAGGAGGAGGAGGAAGAAGAAAAAACAAUGGAAAAAUUGGAAAUCAAAACAACCCAAUCCUUAAUUAUCAAUUGUCAAGCCCAUGUGGCUACAGUACAACACACGGUCAGCCCGAAAUGCCACUCACCCAAUCAUCAAAUUCCAUCAUCAGCAGCAAUAAAGCCGUCGGCGGCGGUCGUCGAACAGAAUCAAGUAACGCUUCUUCCAGUAGAAAAUCAAACAACACUCGAAGUUUACCCGGUCUCAAUAGAAUCUAUGUGUCCAACAACAGACAACAUGGACUCGAUAGUUCAUCGUCCGACGAAGACAAUUCACACGACAAAAACGUAUCAGGAUUCGGUAACUUACUCAACCCAUUGUUCUCAGUCAAUAACAAGUCCAAUAUCAUCGCCAGUGGUUCAAGUGAAUCACAAAGAGACACAACAAAUCGAACAGACCACGCAAACUUUUGGCAAUAUUCUCAAAUCCAAAACACAAAAUUUUAUGACCGAGCAGACGAGCCCGCAAAUAAUAUCGAACACGUGAAAUUGGAAGAAGCGCAUAUAUCAGCGCCAUCUAGAACAAAGUUAAAUUUAGAUUUCACUGAAAAUAAAAAAAAAUUAAAUCCCAUUGAAUUAAAUGAAAAGCUCAACAAUACAAAGACGUAUGAAAGAAAAAUAAAAUCAAAUUCGCAAAUAAUUGAGACAAGGAUGAAUAAUACAAUAUCCGAUGUGAAUGAUAAAAAAAAUGUGAUUCAAUCUGUGAUGGAAGUCACUCUCGACGAUGAUGAUGAUGAUGAUGAUGAUGACGACGAUGAAGAAAUUGUUGAUAACGUUAAUGAUAAUAAUGAUCAUGAAAGUGAAUCUCCCCAAGAAUCCAAAAAAGAGACUGAUAAAAUUGAAAAGAAUGAGGAAAUAAUAUCAAAUUCUUUAAUAGAACAACAAUCAGAUCAGGUAUCAGAUGAUAAUUUGCAAAAUUUGUACGCUUUAAUAAAAGGGACAUUAGAUUUUAUUAUUGCCGAACGUAAGCACACAAGCAAUGAAAUUGGUGAUUUGAAAAAGAGUGCUUCAAAACAAUCCUGCAUCGAACAGGAUGACUCAAUUGAAAUUCUUAAUGAAGAUAUUUCAAUAUCUGAUGAAAAGGCUGACAGUGAGAAUCAAGACUUAUUUAGUGACAAUUCUAGACCAUUAAUAAUCGACGAGGGCAAUAAUCCAGUCGAGAGAAUUAAUAAUUAUGAUCAAAGUAACGUUUCGAAUUUAGAAAUCAAGGAAACAAUCAUCAUUGAUUCGGUGUCGUCCGAUAAAAUUGAAUUGUUAGAACAAUUCGAAUCAGCAAUUCUCAAUAUCAAUCAAGACAUUAACGACUGAAGCUCAUUUUUUUAAUUGAAAAAAAAGGAUUUUUUUUGUACCUUACGUUGAGAUGAACUUUAAAAAAAUGGGUCUUAAGGCUGUGUACCUUAUUAGUUUUUAAAAUAAUUUGCAAUCCGUAGAAUUUUCCAGAUUUCAUGUGAACGUUACUUGAAUUAUUUUCUUUUUUUUCUAUUUAAUCUUUAAAUUAUUAUGAUUGUUAAGAAUUUAUUUAAAAAACUUGCGAAUUAUUUCUUAUUCAAUUCUACGAAAAAAAAUGGAAAUAUUAUCUUUAUUUUUCUAUUUAAUUUGAUAGUUAAAUCUUUAGAUGAAUAUGGUUUAGAAAGGUCCGAAAAAUCGUCAUAAUAAUUCAGAAUUGGGCUUAAAUAAAAAGUUUCCUUUUUUCGAUGAUUAAGUACUUGGUACUUAAUAGUAUUAAUUGUGAUUAAAUAAUGAAAAGAGGAUCUCUGUCUUUAAAUUCAUGCCAAAUAGUUUUUAAUAGAAAAAUUAACGACCAUUAUUGCAAUCACGUUCUAGAUUGUUAGAAAUUUAUAUAUAAAUAUAUUAUAUAAAGAAAAUUUUUAACUAUAUUUCCAAUUAGAUUCAAUUGUAUUUUCUAAAAAUUAUUGUUACGUUUCAUUCAGUAAUUUUAUAAUUUAAAGGAUAAACACGCACAUAUCUUGUGAGAGAUAAAAAAGUGAGGUCCAUGCCAAAAAAAAUAUAUCUAAUUGAAAAAAUGUGUACAUAAAAAAUAAUUUAAUUUAAAUAAAAAAAUAUCCUGUUGGAAAAUUUAAUUAAAAAAUAAGUUCUUUACAAAUUUUUCAAUUUUUACUUAA